AUGUCUACCUACGCGCUCUCAGAGUCCCACAAGGACUUGAUGCACAAGAACUUGGUCGAGCUGGAUCCCCAGGUCGAUGAGAUUAUGAAAAAAGAGUUCCAGCGUCAACGCGAGUCCAUCCUCCUCAUCGCUUCCGAGAAUGUCACGUCCCGCGCUGUCUUCGAUGCCCUUGGCUCAGCCAUGUCCAACAAGUACUCUGAAGGAUACCCCGGAGCCCGCUACUACGGCGGUAACCAACACAUUGACGAGAUCGAGCUGCUCUGCCAGAAGCGUGCUCUCGCGGCUUUCGGUCUCGACUCUGAGAAAUGGGGUGUCAACGUUCAAUGUUUGAGCGGCAGCCCUGCGAACCUGCAGGCAUACCAGGCCAUCAUGAGGCCCCACGACAGGCUCAUGGGGUUGGACUUGCCCCAUGGCGGACAUCUGUCCCACGGUUACCAGACCCCGCAGCGGAAGAUCUCCGCUGUCUCUACCUACUUCGAGACCUUCCCCUACCGCGUUGACCUCAAGACCGGUCUUAUCGACUACGACCAGCUCGAGCAGAAUGCCCUCAUGUACCGCCCCAAGGUCCUUGUGGCCGGAACCUCCGCUUACUGCCGUGAAAUCGACUACGCCCGUAUGCGCGAGAUCGCCGACAAGGUUGGUGCCUACCUCCUCAUGGACAUGGCUCACAUCUCCGGUCUUAUCGCUGCGGGUGUAAACAAGUCGCCAUUCCCCUACUGCGACAUCGUCACAACCACCACCCACAAGUCGCUCCGUGGCCCCCGUGGUGCCAUGAUCUUCUUCCGCAAGGGUGUACGCAAGACCGACGCAAAGACUGGCAAGGAGACCCUCUACGACCUUGAAGGGCCCAUCAACUUCUCCGUGUUCCCCGGCCACCAGGGUGGCCCUCACAACCACACCAUCACCGCGCUCGCCGUGGCCCUCAAGCAGGCGCAGACCGACGAGUUCAAGGCCUACCAGCAGCAGGUCAUUAAGAACGCGAAGGCACUCGAGGUAGCCUUCACCGAGCUCGGAUACACGCUCGUUACUGGUGGAACCGACAACCACAUGGUGCUCGUUGAUCUCAAGCCCAUCAAGCUCGACGGCGCGCGUGUUGAGGCCGUCCUCGAGCAGGUCAACAUCACCUGCAACAAGAACACCACCCCUGGUGACCAGUCUGCGCUCACCCCUAUGGGUAUCCGCAUUGGCGCGCCGGCCAUGACCUCGCGUGGUCUCGGCGAGGAUGACUUCAAGCGCAUCGCUGGAUAUGUCGACAACGUCAUCAAGCUCACUCAGAAGAUCCAAAGCGAGCUCCCUAAGGAGGCCAACAAGCUCAAGGACUUCAAGGCCAAGGUCGCCAGCGGCUCCGUUGAUGACAUUAACAGCCUCAAGAAGGAGAUCGCUGCCUGGGCUAUUACUUUCCCUCUUCCCAUUUAG